AUGGGAAGAAAGGCUUUUGAUAUCGUUAAAAAAAGCAAUAUUCUUUUACGUGAUACUCGUAUCUCCCAGCAUGAAAUUUCGCGAAGAUUAAAUAUUUCUCAACAUUGGGUUCGCCAAGCUACUGGCAAGUUUAACCAAAUUUGCAAGUUGGCUACAAAACCAGGAGCUGAACGUCAUUCUAAAUUAAUGAAACGUCAAAAACGCGUCAUCAAACUUCAGCAACUCCGGAAUGAUACUUUUUCUUUGACUGAUCUCGCCCGACAUGCUCAAGCAAAUUUAAAUAUUACUAUUAGUGGUCGAACUGUAAGUCGUAUUCUUCGUGAAUUUGAUUUGACUUCAUAUGUUGCAAAAAGAAAACCUCAAACAAUUUAUGAACAAAGACGUAAUCGACUUUUUUGA